GUACCUGACGUACAUGUAACACGUUCUCGUACAACCUAUAUAGACGACCUAUACCUGCAGACUAUGAAUUUAAAGUGCACCAAUAUCAUAAAAUGAAUUGAAUAUAUAGACGACAAGCCAUUAUAAGUAUUAUCAUUAAGACCCCUGUCGGUUUGAUAGGUAGUGCAUCGAGGCGUUCAUGUACGUUCCUGAACAGGCCGGAACCGAUACGUCACUAACCAACGUCUAGACAUGCACUACACAAACUACGGUAACCGGGUUUAACACUCGAAUACUAAGUGACUUUAUAUACCUGCAUCAACGUUUUUCUCACAUGAAAAACAGGGGAACAAACAACGAUUACAUAGUACCCGGAUGAAGAAAUGGCAACGAUUAACGCAUGCAGGCCAAUAGAAAGACACCAGUGCAUAGAUAUCACUCGGAGUCCCUCAGAGAUUCAAGGAGAUUAGCCAUGUGAGCAAACAGCUGUCAAUCAUUUGGGAUGUGGAUUCCUGGUCUGCCGCUUAUUGCUUGGUCUGAAACAAUGACCCACGGAUAGUUGACUGUAUACAUAAACUAUGGCUUCUGAGUCACACAACCGUGACGACUGGUUUCACAAAUCAGAUUUGGAAGAAUAUUGUGAUGACACUGAUAUCGACAUUCUAGACCAAAGGUACCUUGAAUAUGGGCUGGAUCUUGACGAGAAGUUUUCAACACCUCUUAAUGGUAUAGACGAAAAUAAGAUAAUUUACUCAUUUUCGUCCAAAACAACUGAUACAAACAUAGUUAAACUAUGUAAAUCGGAGCCAGAGAGAUAUAAAAGAUGUACACUCGAUAUUGUUGGUGUCAGGGAGGCUGUGUGCACCCCACUAGACGAAGAUCACUAUCCUGCGGAGAAGAUUUAUAUUUCUGGGAGAUCGAAAUGUGGCCAGGCCUUCAAUGAGGAUAUUGUAGUUGUCGAAAUUAUACAAAACUGUUAUGGGAACUCACAAUCCGAUUGGCCAAAACGAGUUGAGGGGAGGGUUGUAGCGAUUGUAGAAAGGACAAGAUAUAACGACAUCGAACAUCCUGUAUUUGUUUGCACUGCAGCUGAUAUGGAAAGGAGGAUAAUGUUUCCGUCGUGCAAAACAGUUCCAAAAAUAUACAUCUCAAACAGGCGUGUUAUGAAAGAAAGGAAACAAGAAGAACAGUAUCUGAUAGAAACAUACAGAUACAACGAACUCGAAGGCUACUUAAUGUUCGACAAAUUUUUCAAAAUCAAACCUGAAAAAAUAGAAAGUCUGAUUUUUCUUGUCGCCUUUCUUAGAUGGGAUGUCGUCUGUCAAUACCCUCUUGGCGCAGUCAUCGGAGUUGUCGACGUUAAUAGUUCUAAUAUUUUGCGCAUCACAGAGCUUCGGCACCGGAUUCCUUCACGCUAUAAACCGGAAACUAUGCGGGCAGUACAUGAUAUCAUCAAAGAAGAGAGCAGAAAGCAAGAAUCCUCUGAUGUUGACGACACAUUAGUGUUUACCAUCGAUAGUAAAAAUACGAGAGUAAGGGAUGAUGGUUUUAGUGUUGAAGGUAUACCAAAUGCUGCAGAUACAGAAACUGAAACUGCAUACAGAGUUGGUGUGCAUUUAGCAGACGUUUGUAGACUUGUGCAAAAAGAUGACCCAGUUGAUCGGGAGGCAAUGGAAAGAUGUCGGACAAACUACGCUGGUAUGGGAGCGAAACCUUGCCAUAUGCUGCCGGAGCCUUUGAGUACUAAUAUGUUGAGUCUGAUACAAGGUAAAACGCGACAUGUAUUCUCUCUGUAUUUUGAAAUUAACAAAGAUGGAAAGGUACUGAAAUACCCUGAACCACAGAGUAUAAAAAGACGUGUGAUCAAGACAAGAACAAACCUUUGUUAUGAAGAAGUACAGAACGUGUUGUUAGGAGACAAAGAUAUAUAUGUUCCGGGGUUGUCAACAAAGUUAAAAAUAAUGUAUGACCUAGCAACAAAGCUAAGAAAUAAUCGGCUGAAGAGAGCCCAUUUUGCCUUUCCUGGAAAUGCUUUACUUGGAUUAGAGGAAGACAAGGAUAAUGCCAUUCACGAAGCUCAUUAUCUUGUUGAGGAAUUCAUGAUUCUGACAAAUGUUGCGGUUGCAAAUAUUUUAGAAGAUGUUUAUCCGAACAACAUUCCACUACGCACCCAUGCUUACCCCGACGCUCAACAGACAAGUGCUUGGUUGGGAGAACACAACGGGAUUGCAGAUAUCAUCAUGGAUCUCCAAGAUCGUGACUUGCCAGAUGAACCACAUAUUAUUGGACUUCAAAACGGUAUCAGAAAAGAAAAGAUAACAAUUGACCGACGAAUUUGGAAUGAACUGCGUAAGGCUUAUGCAGCGAAAGAUCACAGGAGACUGAAAAUACUUCUUAGAACGGAUGAUCACCAUCCAAUGCAAAGUGUCGCAUUACAGAAGUGGAAACUAUUCCAACGUAAGGCAAAAUAUUCUCGAUCGCUAAAUGGCACGGAUAAACUCCAUUUUGGUUUGAGAGUAGACCUUUUUACACAUGCUACAUCUCCUAUUAGAAGAUAUACAGAUCUGGUGAUUCAAAGGCUACUCCUUGCGUCAAUCGAAAAUGAAACUUACCCACCAUACACUGCACUGGAAAUAGAUGACAUAUGUGAUCGAUCAAACGAGGGAAUACACAGAGAAGAAAGAUUUUACCAGAAGUACCGAACGCACGUGCUAGCUGCUCAUCUGAAGAAUUCGAACGCAGCCAAAGUGUCCGCUAUCGUUGUAGGAUUGCUAGAUCAAACGACAGUUGAGCUCAUAAUCCUAGGAUACAAAUUUACAGAAGAACCAUUUCAUUUACGAUUUAAUCUGCUAGGACUGUGCUCCCAGCCGGAACUACAGCCUCUCGACGGAAAGACCAGACAAGUGAUAGCAAAAUGGAAGAAACCUAUCUACGAUACAUGUCGCAUAGCCUUUCACUUGAGAAAGGAAAUCCAGAAAAACUGUUUUACUAUUGACCCGAAUGGUAACUCUGUCUUCGUGUCGUACACCGACUGGGUUUCUUUGUUACAAGCUUCCAUUGAUGAUACAUCGAGCGAAUCGGAACAAUUGUUUAUUCGUCAAACCGAACCACAACCUGAAAGCAUCCGAGGCAAUGCAGACGACAAUAGGUUUUACGCUCCAGACGUAUGCUCUGAGGUAAAAAAGCAUGAAUAUAUACUUAAACAUCUGUGUUCCUUUGAAAGGAUUUUUGAAGUCGGACAAACGCUAAAAGUUCAGAUAAGUGGUCAGCAAAUGGAUGGUUGUCUUGUACCCACAAUUCAACUGGUAUAUGUUACAGAAACCAUUGCGUUUUGCCUCCAACACGUGGCAGAUCCCAUUCCUUGUCUUUCGAGAUAUACCACAACGCCAACAAAGAAAACCUACAAAGAUGACGGAGACUAUCUCAGAAUUUGGAUUCCAAUACUGGAAAUGGAAGAGGUCACAAACAUCAUACGCAAUGAAGAUUCUCCUCUUGUGAAAAACGUCCCAGUGACAUUUGAUACAAAGUUGACUGGGACAUUCACUCUGAAUGCCAGAUUCUGUAAAGAACGGAACAUUGAUUUGGGUUUUAAGAAAAAAUCCAAGGAGGACAAUAUCGCUGAUGAAGACGAUGCAGAAGAUGACUUUGACGAUGAUGAUGAACAUGAUGUUCCAUUCCAUCCGGUCGUAUGCUGUGACUUCCUUUGUAUUCGUCUGCCAUGCGAAGACAAGAAUGUCAGUAACCAAACGUAUGAUUGGGUAGGCCAUGCCAGGACAACAAAGACAAGACGACUAGGGGCAAAGACCCGCGCUAGGUAUGAAAUAGGAUUCGAUCUUCACAACUGUCCAGACAUACCCGACAAAGGAAAGUACCUGUGUACUUUGGAACUGCUCACGAAGUCCAGUGUUCACAGGCGUGCAGAAGAAACUAUUAAAGGUCUCCGGGAUGCGACACAGUUAGCAAAAGCAAUUGCUCUGGGAAGGAAAAUUCCAGAAUUAGAGCGUUACCAUUUACAUGCCGUAGAGAGUCUACCGCGGGAUAUCAAUGAGCCAAAUGUUGAUAUUCCAAAGAAUAAUGCGAUGCAGCAAGAAGCGAUUGAUGCAGCCCUCAGGUUGUCGUUCAGCUUAAUACAGGGACCACCCGGUACAGGGAAGACGUUUACAGGUCUCAAACUGAUAUACCUAUUUCACCAACUCAACAAAAUGGCUGAGGGAGUCGGACGAGAGAGAAGACAAAUACUUUUCUGUGGACCGUCCAACAAAUCUGUGGAUCUCGUCGCUAGAUGGAUGAAGGAAAGGUUCAUGAACUGUCCGAAGGCGCCCCGGUUGGUGCGGUUUUACAGUCAGAUUUAUGAAUGUGUGGAUUUCCCUGUCCCCGGUCGCAUAGAAUCCGCACGACGGUCUCUGAGAAAUGCUAAACCGGAUCCUUACCUGACGAGGAACCAUGUUGUCGUUCACUAUUUAAUACGGAGAGAAGGAAAAACAUAUGCUGAUGAAAUACAUCAGUUUGACGAAAAGUUCCAGGGUCGAAAAUACGACGUGACUUUUGAUGAUGUGCAAUCGUAUUUCAAGAUAGUGAGCGAAGCAACAAAAGAAGUUUUGCAAAAUUGUGACGUCAUAUUUUGCACAACUGCCAUGGCUGCCAACCCGAAGCUGUUAAAAGCAACCAAGGGCAAAAUAUAUCAGUGUAUCAUAGACGAAAGUGGAAUGUGUACCGAACCUGAGACGAUGGUACCAAUAAUAGCUACCAGAGCGGCGCAGGUCGUGCUGAUAGGAGACCACAAGCAGCUUCAACCAAUUUUACAGUCAAGGGCUGCAAAAGAACUUGGACUUGUCAACUCUUUAUUUGAGAAAUAUGCCGGUCGUACAACAACACACCUAACGAUGCUGAAGCAACAGUACCGCAUGAAUCCAUGGAUAUGUUCCUUCCCAUCUAAAGAAUUUUACGGAGACAAGCUAACGACAGACCAAAAGUACACGGCUGGUUGGCUAGUGAAUCGUCCAUUGAAAAUCUGGAAGAACAAUAAUCCAAAGAACCAUAUUCCGAUCGCUUUCGUACAUGUUGAAGGGAAAGAGGUCACGUUAGAGGUUUCCACAGAAGAAGGAAACGAAAAAUCAAAGAGCAACCUAGAGGAAGCUAAACAAGCCGUGGAGAUCUUUGAACAUCUCGUAAAAAGAGAAAAACUAAACGUGGCAGAUAUACGUAUUUUGUCACAAUACAACGCCCAGAGACAGCUCAUACAUAGGAAGAUAACUGAAAUAAAAACUGAAGAGAAAAUAGCAUACCCCGACGUCAGGGUGGACACCGUCGUGGCCAGUCAAGGAGGAGAGAGCGACUACGUCAUCCUCAGUACCGUUCGUUCCAUGCCUAGGCCACUGAUCGAGCAUCGUCCCGCUCUAGGAUGGAAGCUACGGCAUCUGGGAUUUAUCACAGACAGACACCAAAUCAACGUUGCGCUAACGAGAGCUAAGAAAGGACUAUUCAUUAUCGGGAACAAACAUUUGCUUAGAUGUGAUAAGACUUGGGAAAAUCUACUGAAUUUCUACGAAAACAAUGAGCGAGUUUUUAACGACUUUCCGCUGUGAUGAACUGUGAAAUCUUGGAAACGGUGGUAUAAGUGACUCAAAACUGUUUAUAUUGAAUAGUUUCCUGUUAAAUGCUGCGUCUGAUCAGUCAGGGAACAUUAUGAUAAAGUAGCAUCCAUUUCCUCAAACCAAAACAAGUAUAGUUUCAACUUUGAGAAGACACAUGUAUUUUAUUUGGAAGAGGACUGCGUAUAUUAUCUCUCGUUAGAUCAUUAUCAUUUGUACUUAAAUACCAUCAAACAUGUUCAAAUAUUUUGAGUAUUUUACUUAUUAGUUUCUAGAUCUAGUUUAUAGUAAUCAAAGAGUGAUAACUCACAGUAUUAUACAUAUGCUUUCAUCCUGUCUUUAUCAUUCAUCAUAUAUGAUUAAUAUUCUAUAACUAUCUGGUGGUAUAUCCCCUUUGUUGUUUAGGGUCAGCCGCUCCCGGACACACAGGUUCUUUGUUGAACCACGCGCCUGGUCAGAGGGUGUGAAUCCUACACGAGCACACGAUAUGUUCGUCAUGCUAAUUGUAAAAGUGGACUUUUUUGACUGCGGUGUGGAAACUAAUUGUGAAAUCUAUAUAUUCUGUACAACUAUAAUCUUUGUAAUCUAUAAAUAGAUAUUCGCGGAAAUGUUGUUGUUGAUUUAAUGUUAGUGUUUGUUGGUAUAUCGCCUUGUUUUGUCAGUAGGUGUUAACCUUCCUGUACACAUAAAGUAUUCGUCAUACCUGUGUAUUGUUAAAUAUGUUAAGUGCAUUUUCGUUAGAUUUAGAGUGAAUCACUAUCCGUGAGAUUAUUAUAAUUUAUUAACAUGACUCGUGUGUCGAUCACGAACUUAAUAUCUUUCUUUAUUAAUUUAAAAUCCACGCAAAUAAAAACAAUCGCGAAUAUAAAUACUCACAAAGGAUAUGGAAGCUUAGGAAUAAUAAACGCCUUAAAGUUCACGGUGUUCAAUAGAGGGACAUUUAACAGCGUAUUCCACGUAUCUAAUAGGACGCAUUGUCUGUUGUGGUGGUAAAAGAGACAAAUAUGACUGGUUAGCUCCUAUUUUUGUCAAUCAUACAAGAAUACUGAAUGCAAUUCAUAUUUUACUCUAUAUCGUGCAUUGAAAACAGUUGUUGUAUGUAAAGGAUAUAUGAUUUUAUUGAUGUAUAUAAUAGAUUAUUUGUAAAUAAAUUAUGUCUGCAAAAGACGUGAAGGAUUUGUA